AUGCCCGCUACAGUUGCGCAGAUUCUCGAGCCUUAUGAGGAAAAACCGAAGCUCGUGGAGCGUAUAGCCUUCCGAACAGUAUCACCUUCCAUUGCCAUAGUCGAGCCCAACCCAGAAUGGCCGCAACGGUUCGAACAAGCCAAAAAGCGGAUUCAAAACGCCCUUGGCGACUUGAUCUUGGACAUCGCUCAUGUCGGCUCUACCAGUGUUCCCGGCCUACCAGCUAAAGAUGUUAUUGAUGUUGAUCUGACACUGAGAGAUGCCACGGAUGAAGCAUCAUACGUGAAGCUUCUGGAUGAAGCCGGGUUUCGGUUCCUCUUGCGCGAGCCGCGAUGGCACCAGCACCGGUUCUUUGUGGAGGAUUGGCCCAAAGCCUACCACGUCAAUCUCCACGUGUGGGGUCCCGACUCGCCUGAAGUUGCCCGUCAUCGUAUCUUUCGUGAGUGGUUACUCAAAACGCCAGCGGAUCUAGAACUGUAUGCCAAAGUGAAACGCGAAGCGGCUGAACAGACGGUCGUAGUUGGAGGUUCGGUGAUGGAAUACAACCAACGGAAAGAGAAAACGAUCCAGGAGAUCCUAGAAAGAGCAUUCCGUGAUUUGGGCUAUAUUGAAUGA